GAACACCACUUGCGACUUCACUCGCAUAGAACGAGUUCGCACAGCAGCAAAUAUGGCGUUCACAAUCCUCGCGCCCACGCCUGCUGCAGCACCUCAGCGACCAACCUCAAACUACCUCGACACCGACGAAAUGCACGACGACGAAAGCGACUCCCAAGAAGAACUCAACGAUCAAGACCCCGACAGCAUGCAAAUCGACUCUCUGCCCUCCGGCCACACCAACGCCUCUCGCCAACUCAUCACCCCAGGCCAAAUCAUCACCUCCGACCCACAAUGGAUGCGCGGCCACGGAACCUUCGCCUCCCCCACCGACGACCUCUCCUCCAUCCGCUCCACUCUCGCCGGCACAAUUCAAAAAACCAACAAACUCCUCUCCGUCGUCCCCCUCCGCGCACGCUAUACACCCGAAAUAGGCGAUUUGGUUAUUGGUCGAAUCGUCGAAGUUCAAUCGCGAAGAUGGAAAGUCGAUGUUGCGGCUCCGAUGUUGGCGAGUUUGCAGUUGAGUAGUAUAAAUCUACCUGGUGGAACAUUGAGACGACGGACGGGGUAUGAUGAGUUGAAUAUUCGGUCGUUCUUUGGGGAAGGGGAAUUAUUGGUUGCGGAGGUGCAGAGUUUGUUUCAGGAUGGGAGUGCAGCUUUGCAUACACGGUCGUUGAAGUAUGGGAAGUUGAGGAAUGGGUAUUUCAUGGCUGUGUCGGGGGUUGGUGGUGGGAGUGGGGUUGUGAGGUCUAAGAGGCAGAUUUUUACGUUACAGACGAGAGGGAAGGGAGGAGAGGUGGAUGUUAUUUUGGGGGUGAAUGGGUAUGUGUGGAUCAGCAAGCAUGUGGAAGUUGGAGAGUCGGGGGAUACGAUGCCGGGGAUUAAUAAGAUCGAGGAGACGAUAAGCAUUGGGAUGUAUUCCAGCCAAAACGACGAAAUUGGGAAUGAGACGAGAAAGCAGAUUGCGAGGGUUGCGGGGUGUAUACGCGCGCUCGUAGAGGGAAGUGUGAAAGUUGCGGAAGAGACUGUGAGGAGGGCGUACGAGGCGAGUCUGGAACUGGACGACUUGGAAGGGGAAGAGGAGUACCUGGGCGGUGAGAGAGGACGACUAAUCGCCGAGAUGGCGUUGGCGGGAGACGCUUCUUGAGAAAGAGCACACUACUCUCAUGUUUGGCACAUAUCGACGACGAUGAUUGCACAUUUCGUGCGAAACGAAUCUGGUAGCUGGCACUGCACCGCUCCCCGAAAUGGCAUAUUCGUUUCCAAGAUCUGAAGUAAAGGCUUUGCACAGCCAAUGCGAUAGGACUAGGCUCAGUGGGCAGCUGCUUCUGAAUGCUGGACUGUCGGCGUUAUGCUCUGCUACGAGCUCGUCGAUUCUACACCGCAGGUGGUUCCACAUAGACCACCAAGGCCGGCAGCAGUGAGCGAACCGAGGAGGAAGGCGUCAGCCAUGACGGCGACGAUGUAAAAAUGAGAUGUGCUCAUCCCAUCAUCGUACACCUCACCAAUUCUGGUGAGCAGCAAGGCGGAUCAAUGGCAAAAGGCUGGUAGACACAGAUAGCUCAUCUCGAAAUGCCGUGUCAUUUGGUCCGGCAUAGAUCGGGCAAUGAGUAACCAAGUAAAUCAUUCAACAGGCGGGUUCGAGACCGAGCUGGAG